AUGGGUGGAUGGAGAUGGUGGUGGCAGACUCGCAGUGGCAAGGAUUUGGACGAGGACGAGGGCGAGGACGAGAACGAAGAGGACACCGCUACUGUGGUCCCGACGCGCUUGUCUGGCAUCAAGAGCCCAUCACACGAGUCCCAAGUGAGCGAAGUAUCCCAUUCCAAAGUGGUCCUAUCCGAUGUGCGAGCUCUACUAACCCGAGUCCACACUUCCCAGUUCUUGUUCACGAACCUCCCCAACGACGAACCCCUCAGGCGCAUUAGCGCGUUCGGAGUGCGCUCGCAAGCCAUCGCCAUCCUGGCAGAAGUGGUGCAUGACCGAAAGCUCGGGUACCCGCACCGCUUCGGCAACUACCCCGACAAACUAUAGCUCGCCAUCCGGCACCCCCUGAUUUAGCACCGCCUUACCCCUGACGGCCCCUACACUGCCGGCUCCCCGCCGGGACCCCCCCGCACCGUCGUGAACACAAUCCUGAGGCCAUGUACCACGAUCUGACAAAACCCUCA